AUGGAUUUAAAUGACCCAAUGUUCUCUUUGUUUGUUAGCCAACUUGAGGCUACUGGAUGGAGAAGAGGUAAAGGGUUAGGAAAAAAUGAGGAUGGAAUUACGUCAAUAGAAAUUAAAGCAAAUAAAACAGGUAAAGGAAUUGGAGCAAGUAGAGUCACAGAAAAUCAAAAAUUAGAUGAUGUCUAUGCAGGAAAAAUUGAAGAUCAUAAUGACGUUCAAUUUGUACAGUCAAAAGAAGAGUUUGAUAAAUACAGUACAAAUAAAGAUGAAGAAAAGAAACCUAAGAAAGAAGAAACUAAUAUAUUAAAAAAAAAAGUUGAUGUAAUAGAAGCUACUUCAAUUUCAAUGAAAUUUGGUCGUGGAAGAAGACAAAAAGGUAAGUUAUUAAGAAUUCAGGAACAAGAAAAAAGAUUAUUAAAUAAAGAAGUAAAUUAA